AGAAUGUUUGCAUUUGUGUAAAAAUAUGUGGUCAAAACGAAUAUCUGCUGUAGAAUGUAGGUUUUGCAGGUGUGUAAAAUUAGUCUACGUCGGUGAAUUUAAUUGGAAACGGUCGAUGUAAUAGAGGACACGACUGGAGUAAAACAUUGCUUGCCGAGGAAAUGCGCACUGCAGUUUAUAAGCUUGUAACUUUCGUGUUGAUCGAUGACUGACUCGACUGUGUGAGGUUUAUUGGGUGAGAUUAGAGUGGAGAGGCAGAUAAAAUAUUAACGCUUGCGAUACCAAUCGAAAGUUGUAUUAUACACUAUUGUAGCCGCGAUACAGGACAAUAUUUUACAAUUGUUAUCAACUACCAACCUUGGCAAUAUCUCGCGUUUCAAAGGUCACUUUAUCUCUGACCUGGACAAACAAACGUUCACAAAUAAUCAUUUUACGUAAAACUGGAUUCACUGGGAGUGUCUAUAUAUCUGGACUGAAAUGUUACACGAGCCGAAUGUGUUAGUUAACGGUUGUAGGUAACGCACACAGUGUACCCGGACUUGUGGAGCUGCUGAAGGUGGGUUUCCGAAUCUUUUCAAGCUAAGUCAAUAUGGGCUACUUCGGGGCAGAUCGUGGUCAACCAGAGGAGGUUUAUGAUAAAGUGAAAUUAAAAGACCUUCCGAAAAUGGCGAAUUUAAGAGAGGAAGUGAAUUUGAUCAUCCAUAAAUCUUCUUGGUGGGAUCUGUAUGGUGUGGACUGGAUGAUCAUGUUAAUCGUGUUUGGGAUGGUAUUUGUAGGAGCCUACUUAAUGUCGUCAGAUAAUGUGCUUGUUAUGGUUCUGGGUAUUGUAGUAUAUGGAUACUGCCACAAUUCGAUCGCCGUUAAAGGUGCACAUGCUGCUGCACACGGAGCCAUGUGUGCAUCGCCCGUCUGGAACCGUCUAUGGAUGAUCCUAUGUUCAGAUAUUGCCGGAACAUUUCCGUCGGACGCGGCAUAUGAUAUUCAUAUUAAGAACCAUCAUCCACAUACAAAUAUAAUCGGACUUGGAGACUCAAGUACGUGGAAGAUUCCGUUUCUUCCAGCGUAUUUGUACAUGUAUGUGGCGCCCUUGCUUGUUCCAGUCAUCACUAUUCCCGUUUCCUUAUCAGAACUGAGGGGGAAGUGGCCUCAAAUGAUACGAUACAUGUUUUUAGCAACCAUUGGCCUUUCGAUCAACUUCUGCCUCUUAAUGAAUAUAUCCGGAUUUACGUUCAUGCAAGCAUUGAUGGUCACAUGGGCAGCACGUGCAAUGCUUUCCAUUCCGUACAUCCAUGUAAAUAUUUUCCAGCAUAUCGGACUUCCAAUGUAUUCCCAGAAAAGUCGUCCUGUUAGAAUUUAUCAAAUGACCACGGGAGUAUUGAAUCUUCCCCGUAAUCCUAUUCUGGACUAUAGCUUUGGACACUCCAUCGUAAGUUGCCAUGUGGAGCAUCACUUGUUCCCGACCCUCUCUGACAACAUGUGUCUCAAAAUCCAACCAACAGUGUCAAAGUUCCUCAAGAAAACCGGACUCCCGUAUAAUGAAGACACGUACCGUAGCAGACUGGACAUAUUCACUAGAAAGUAUAAAAAAUUAAUGGUCAACGCUCCACCAAUCACACAUUUCGUUGGUAUCCAGUAAUUAAAACUGUAGUCCCGUGAUAGUACAAAGUGAUGUAAAUUGUGAUUUGUGUUUUUGAAUAUUACUUUUGCAACCGUAAUGCUAAUUAUGCAAUCAUCCGUCAUUAUAUAUCUAUAUAAAUGUACGGUUUAUAAAACAGUACGUAUUUUCUGGAUAUUAGAAGUAAUGUAUACAGUGAAGUUGAAGGGCGAAACUGCUGACUGCGUUUAUAAUAACUCGUGAGGAACUCUUAUUCCAUACAAUAUUAAUGGAUCAACGUUUCUGUUCGUCUCCCAACGAUGGACAUGGUCAUGUGCAAACGGUCAAGAACAUGUUUAUAUUUAAAAUGAGCAUACCUGAGAAUGAAUCGAUCAGAAUAGCCAUGAUCCGCCGUUUUUACCCGCUUGUUGUGGUUACUAGUACUACGAAGUAGUAUGUAUUGGACAACAUUCUCGUCAUCUGUGAUAAAAUCCUAGUUAAAACUCUAUAGACAUGUUAAGUUUCAAGUUGUGUGGGUUUUUUUUUUCAACUUUGUUGCUGUUUUUUUUUUAUUUUGUUGAAGUUUUUAUUAAGUAUAUUCAGUUAUACUCGUAUACCAUAUAGUGACACUGUUAUAUAUCGAGACCAAUCCAUACCAACUAUCGUUAAACGGAACAAAAAUAUUUUUUCACUGGGAAUAAGUAAACCUUACUGCAGCUUCUUUAAAUUGUGUCUAAUUAAUGUUACGGUCGACAGUUUUGUAACAAAUGAGUACUCACAAGAUUUUGAAUAUAGAUCACUAGUUUUACAUUGUAAAUCAACAGGGUGCCAAACGCAUUGGUGUUAACAGGAAUAUAAUAAUAUAAUAUAAAAGUCUUUGUCCACGUGAUUUCUUUUUUCUGAUUCUUACAUUUUGAUCUUAUUAUUCAUUUUACGAUCAUAUUCAACAGUAUUUUCAACAGGGAGCAAAAGUCUGGCGCUGAAUCUUCAAAAUUGAAGGGUUUUGCGAUUUCGUAUUUGAAAAAUGUAGGGCGAAUAUAUGAAUAUCUAGAGUAAAAUGCUUGAGUUUGAAGAUGCUAGCCAUGUUUGCUGGUCCUGUGUAUUCAGCAUUGCUUCUUAUAGUGUGAAACCUCGCUAAGAAUUCCACCUUCGUGACUAGAGAAAAGUGGUCUUGAUAUCAGGUUGGUCGCUUUACGGGCACUUGUUCAUAUUUUCAGUCAUAAAAUCAAAAAAUAGUUAUAUAUGAUUAACCAGAUUGACACGUAAAUACAGCUAACAGAUCUGACACCUGUCACCAGUACACGGUGAAAUCAGGGACGUCCCUGGCGGAAUAUACACCCGGUAACUUUAUGUCUGACUAGCUAGUGGUGUGAGCGGUCUUUGGAACUUUUUUAAAAACUGGUAUUAAUAGUGAGGUGGUUUGAAGCUUAGAAAACAAAGCUCUUCUGUGAUAAUGUUUAUCAAAUUUCUUGUAUCUUGUAUAGAUGAUUAUUGGGGGACUGAAAUGAAGUAGUCUUGAUAGUGAGGUGGUCUCUAUGCGAAGUUUUACUUCGUUGGUCUCUUGCUAAUAUUGCCAAAUGCUUGUGAUAAUAAUUUGCAUUAUAUUCGACAGCCACAUUUAUUUGUUUGAAUUUCAUCAUUUUAUAACUUUUGAUUUGCUUUAACUUUCAUUGAUGAGUGCAUUAUCGCUCAUUUUAUUGUAAUACACAUUGUCAGACUGAAUUUCCAUGAUGUUGACUACAACAAUAGCAGACACAACAGACAAACUCAAUGUGUUGCUAUGGAGACAGAAAGCAGACAAAUGAGCGUGCAGCUUGCGACUACGUCGAUUUCAGAUGAUAAAACAGUAAAUUGGAAGUCUUAAACAUUGCGCUUCAACCUGCUUGAAGAGGGAAUAUUUCAAAUAUGUCUUCCUUGCCUACUAUGACAUGCUUUUACCAAUAAGAAUAUUCAAAGGUUUCGAUACCAGUUUAACGGAAAUGAUAUGAAUGAGAACAGGAAAUCAAACGUGUUGUUUUAUCUGUUUUGAUUAUUUAAAUUUUUAUUGUUAUUGUUUUAUUUUUCAAGCAGUUAAUGUAUGUUUUUGUUAAGUUCAUUUGAAUUAUUCGAAGUUUUUAGCAUGUUUUGAUAACCACAGGAAUAUUUGACAAGGGCGCUAUAUGAUAAGAUAGCUGUAUACGGCAAUAUACCUUCCAUCUAACAAAAAAUGAUCACGUGGUAUUUGCUGUUUUCCUUGUGUUCUGUUUUAAUCGUUUUGAUUUUUACAACACGAUAUCGUUAAAUGCUUGCUAUUAAUUCAAGAAGCGUUUGACUAUUUAAUCAGGCUUUGUAACCUAUCAGAGUUGUUGUUCCUUAUAUUUUGGCACACCUCGGCUGGUUCCGCUACCUCCUAAUAGUAGCCGAGUUGUAACGAAUAAUGACACAUCCAGCCAGCAUAUUAAAAAGCAUCUCUAUGGCAUCAUCUUACAAAAUUAUGUAUGUGAUACUGGUGUUUUCAUUGUAUUUCAUUAUAUUUUUAAUGCUUUACUGUGUUGUGAGGCCAGAUGGAACAUUUAUUUUGCAGUGUGAUAUCAAUUUGACAAAUAUUCUCUGGUAACGUGUUUUAAUCGACGUCUAUUACUACAAAUAUACUUUCAGUAAGUCCACAGGUUAUGAAAUGCAAAGAAUCGUUAUCAAAUUAUGUGUUCAUACUUGAUUUUAAUCAAACAUGUUCUAAAUGAUGUAAUAAGGACAUCGUUCAAUAAAUGUAUCUGUAUUAA